AUGUCCAAGCUGGGAGCAAUCUUGCUGGCGGGCCUGUGCCUGCUUGCGGCCGCCGUCUUGGCCGAGCCACGCCUCCAGGGCGUCGGCAGAGGCCAGCGGCAGGGGGCGCAGGUGCAGCACCCCUACCUCUUCCUGACCAUCCCCAAGGGGCGGGCCAACGCCGGCGCCGUCGUCCAGGGCUUCGAGAUCGUCGAGGAGGACGAUCCCGACCAGGACGACCAGCUGGACGACGACGAGGACGACGUGGAGUUCAACAACCAGUUCAACUUCGCCCGCAGCGGCCUGGUCCGCCGAACGAGCCACAACAACGACGCCGACGACGACCAGGACGACGACCUCGACCAGGAGCUGGACCUGCAGCAUGACCAGGAGCAGGAGCACGAGCAGGAGCAGGAGCAGGUUCAGGUUCGGGGUGCGGGCCAGGCGCAGGCUCCCAAGAAACAGAUGGUGGUGCAGCGCGACCAGGCCGGGGCCAUCAUGGUGCCCGACGGCAUCAUCGAGAUCGAGGGCCAGAGCGUCCUGGACGAGAAGACCGGCAAGGCGGCCCUCCUGGUGCCGCGCGCCGCCCUGGACGCGAUCCCCGACGGCGCCGUGGUGGCCCUCAUGGAGCGCUCCGCCGCCGCGGACGAGGUCGAGGAGGAGCGCGCCAACCGCGUGGUGGUGCGCCGGCGCAAGAACAACGGCCGCCGCAACAUCCGCCGGCGGGGAAUCAGCAGCGGCAACGCCAGCCGCCGCCGACGCCGCCCCGCCCAGCGCCGCCGUCAAGUGGGCGGCAACCGGCGACGCAACGUCCGCGUCGUCCGCCCCCAGAGCGGCAACCGGAGGCGUGGCAACCAGAGGCGCCGCGGCCAGGUCGUCCUCCAGGGCUGA